UCCAGCACUCUGUUCAGCCCUAGCAAGGAAGAGCCGCGCCGUUUCAGCCUGCCGUCAGCCGAUAGGGACCCCCACCUGUACAAGGCGGAGCCCACCCACUGGUGUGUGUUGGUGCGGGAAAACGGCACCAUGGAGAUCUACCAGCUUCCUGACUGGCGCCUGGUCUUCCUGGUGAAGAACUUCCCCAUGGGACAACGGGUGCUGGUGGACAGCUCCUUCGGGCAACCCGCCACCCAGGGCGAAGCCAAGAGGGAAGAGGUGGUACGGCAGACCGAGAUGCCGCUGGUGAAGGAAGUGCUGCUGGUCGCCCUGGGAAACCGGCAGAGCCGCCCGUACCUGCUGGUCCACGUGGAUCAGGAGCUGCUCAUCUACGAAGCCUUCAACCACGACUCGCAGCUGAGCCAGAGCAACCUGAAAGUGCGCUUCAAGAAGGUCCCCCACAACAUCAAUUUCCGAGAGAAGAAGCCCAGGCCGUCCAAGAAGAAGCCCGAGAGCACCAGCGGAGAGGAGCUGGGUGCUGCCCGGGGCCGGGUGGCCCGCUUCCGCUUCUUUGAAGACAUCUAUGGCUACUCUGGGGUGUUUAUCUGUGGCCCCUCCCCCCACUGGCUGCUGGUGACUUCUCGGGGGGCUCUACGGCUGCACCCCAUGACCAUCGACGGCCCCAUCGAGUCCUUUGCCGCCUUUCACAACGUCAACUGCCCCAAGGGCUUUCUGUACUUCAACCGGCAGGGGGAAUUGCGCAUCAGUGUCCUGCCUGCCUACCUUUCAUACGAUGCUUCGUGGCCCGUCCGGAAGAUUCCGUUGCGGUGCACUGUACACUACGUCGCCUACCACGUAGAGUCCAAGGUCUACGCUGUGGCCACCAGCAUUAACAACGCGUGCAGUCGGAUCCCUCGGAUGACAGGAGAGGAGAAGGAAUUCGAGACCAUCGAGCGAGAUGAUCGCUACAUCCCCCCCUUGCAAGAGGCCUUUUCCAUUCAGCUGAUCUCUCCGGUGAGCUGGGAGACGAUUCCAAACACUAGGAUCGACCUGGAAGAGUGGGAGCACGUCACGUGCAUGAAGACCGUGGCCCUGAAGAGCGAGGAGACGGUGUCGGGGCUGAAGGGCUACAUCGCUGCCGGUACCUGCCUGAUGCAAGGGGAGGAGGUCACCUGCCGGGGCCGGAUCCUGAUCAUGGACAUCAUCGAAGUGGUUCCGGAGCCUGGGCAGCCGCUCACCAAGAACAAGUUCAAGGUCUUGUACGAGAAGGAGCAGAAGGGCCCAGUCACUGCCCUCUGCCACUGCAACGGCUACCUGGUGUCGGCCAUCGGCCAGAAGGUGAGCCCGGAGGAGGAGGGGGGACGGGUUGCCCCCCUUGGAGGGCUGGCUCAAGGCCGUGCAGCGGGGCCUCCUGGUGCAUUUCCCACUCAGCUGGGUCUCUUCCACCGCUUCAAGAUUCCGUUGGUGGCCACGCAUUCCUCAGUCAGUGGUCCAAGGGACUUAGGCUGGAACGUGCCCUUGUUGCCUCAUGGGCCUGGUGGCAGCGUGGUUUUGGGAAAGCCAUUUGACCUCCUGGGCGAGAGGUAGCCUGAGGGCAGGCUU